UCGGUGUGACAUUUUUCCAGUGACAAAACUUAGCGAUUUUCAGUAUUACAUUUACAUAUAUUUAAGCCAUGCUUUUCCCAUUUUCGGCUCCAAAAGCGUCCCAAGGCAAGUCGGCGGAUAUUCAUGGAAUACGCUGCGGAUUUAAUUUCGUCAAUUGCAGGCGAAAUGCCGAACUAUUGGCCCUUGGAUAUGAGCCACCGAAAGCGAUUCGCACAGGCACCUCCAUCGUGGGCAUAAUCUAUCAGGAUGGCGUUAUCCUGGGUGCCGACACACGAGCCACCGAAGGACCCAUUGUCUCGGACAAGAACUGCUCGAAAAUCCAUCACCUUCAGGGUCACAUAUAUUGCUGUGGAGCUGGCACCGCUGCCGACACGGAGAUGAUGACCCUGAUGACCUCCGCGGAGCUGGACCUGCACCAGUUGAACACGGGGAGGCAGGUGCCGGUGGUCUGUGCCAGCAUGCUGCUCCGCAGGACCUUGUUCCGCUACCAGGGCCACAUUGGGGCCGCCCUGGUGAUGGGCGGCGUGGACAGGACGGGUCCCCAGAUCUACUGCAUCUAUCCGUGCGGAUCCAACGACAAGAUUCCGUACGCGGCCAUGGGCUCCGGCACCCUGGCCGCGAUGUCUGUUUUGGAGCACAGCUGGAGGCCCGAUUUGAAUCGGGAGCAGGGCAAGCAGCUGGUGAGGGAAGCCAUCUCGGCGGGGGUGUUCAACGACUUGGGCUCCGGAUCGAAUAUCGAUCUCUGUGUGAUCACCAAGAAGGGGGCGGAGUACUUGAGGACGGACACGAUUGCCAGCGAGAAGGGUGAGAGGCUGGGCAAAUAUGGCAUAAAGCCCAACUCCACGCUGGUGACCUCGACGUCCGUGCUGAGUCUCCUGGUGACCGAUGAGCGCACCUACGGCGUGGGUCUGUUUCCCUCACAAUCCACGGUGGACGAUCAACAGCUGGAGACUGGUGGCGGGCAGGAUUCCAAGGGGGUGGAGAAGGAGAAGGAGGAGGAGGAGAGCCUGUCCGGAGGAUCCCAGAAAAAAUCUCCAUAGACCUUUCACAUUCAUUUGAAUUCUAGUAAAUUAACCGUUAACAAGCCACUUGACUCCACAUAAAUGUAAAUGCAUUUGCAAA